CUUUUUUCCCUUUCUUUAUUUUUUGGUCCUAUAUAAAGAUGUCUAUCGAAUACGAGUGGGUUGAAGUAUCGAAUCCUAAUUUCCCUUGUUCAUUUUAUGCCAAUCAUGUAACAGGUGAAUGUAGUUGGUCAAAACCCUUGAAUGAAUCGAGCAUUCUACCGAAAAAUCCAGACGGCGAUUGGUGGGAGUUAUGGGACGAAAAGCACAAUUUACCAUAUUAUUAUCAUACACGUGCAAACGUCUCUAAUUGGAUGCGGCCCACAGAUACAAAUAUAAUUUCACUUGUCAAAAUCCGUCCUUCAGAAGAGUUCUCAAAGCAAAUGUCUUUAUUGGUUAAAAAGCCUUCAAUCAGUACUCACCAUAACAAUAAUACUAAUACAAUGAAAAGAAACAGCCGGUCGCUUGAUCUAUCCGAGAUCACCAUGGAAACAGAUACGGUGACAGCAGUAACAACAACAACGACAGCAACAACAAGAAGGCAGCACCAGAGGUCGACAUCCGAUAGUAUGGCAAAAGAUAUUAUUGAACAAGUACCAAACAAUGGAAGAAAACAAAGUAUUUGCUCCACAAAGGAGCCAAUGUUUUCUAAAGGGCCACAUUUACCAUCAUUAACAAAGAAAGCAGCAAAUCAUCCGUUUAAAAAUUUGGCUAUUAGAGCCGGAUCACCUACGAGUCGAUAUUCUAUUGCCAUCAGUUCACCUACAAAUAACCCAGAGGCCGCUAUCGCUAUGCAUCCACUUAAUCAACCUCACUGCUCCCCGCCUGUCACUCCCGCGGCCACUCUAAAAAAGCCAACAUUGCCCGCAGGAUUACAACAAGAAAUCAACAAGUUUGCCAUAGAUGGAUUCGCUAAAAAGUAUUUUGCUACACACAAGAAGGGUUUAUUUAGAAGAAAAGUGCCGAUGAAUGAGAUGCUCAAAUGGACAAAAGACUCACUACGUCAACCACUCAUCAUGAUGAACAAAGAGUUAUACAAAGAUGCUCUUAGAUGCUUCAAGCUGGUACAGACCAUCAUGGGAGACAGAUCAAGGUCAAAACAUUCAAAUGAGGUAGAAGACAUACAGACCAUUUUGACUUGCGGUAUUACAAAGGGACAGAUGCGAGAUGAGAUUUAUGUUCAGAUCUGCAAGCAGUUACAUGAAAAUCCUAAUCCAGAAAGUAUUCACCGAGGAUGGGGGUUGCUAUGUAUCAUCAGCGUUACUUUUCCUCCAUCAAAAAAUCUAGAGGCGUACCUGACAGAUUUUGUACAGCAUCAUCAUCAUUCACAGGACCCUCAAGUAGCCACUAUGAGUCAACAUGUAUCUAACAAACUGAAGAGGAUAUGUAAACGAGGAGCCAAAGGAAAAGUGUUGACAAGCGCCGAAAUUGCCCGGGCAAAGGAAGCUCCCUUUAAACCGUCUGUGUUUGGUGAAUCACUGCAAUUUAUUAUGGACUUACAGGCAAAUACCAGCCCUGACCUCAAGAUACCAAUGAUUGUUCCCUUCUUGACCAAUGCAGUAAGGGAAACCAACGGACAGUUAUCCGAAGGUAUAUUCCGUGUACCCGGUGAUGCAGAUGCAGUGACAGAUUUGCGAGUACGUAUUGAGAAUGGCAAUUAUGAUGCCACAGGUAUCACAGAUCCAAACGUGCCAGCUUCACUUUUAAAGUACUGGCUACGAGACUUGGUCGAACCGAUCAUUACCUCCGAAAACUAUUAUGAUUGCAUCAAAUACGCAGAAGAUCCAGAAAUGGCUAUUAAUAUUAUUAAUCGACUACCAGAUACCAACAGACGCAUUGCUCUAUAUAUCAUUAAUUUCCUGCAGGAAUUUACCGACCCAGAGAUCAUCAAACACACUUUAAUGAAUGUCAACAAUCUUGCCAUGGUCUUUGCACCCAACUUUUUGAGAUGUCCAUCAGAGAGUUUGACAACUGUGUUCGAAAACUCGAAAUAUGAACAGGCCUUUUUAAGGACACUCAUUAAUGAAACGCAUGUAGAUUCUUCAGCCUGUGCUUAUGAAUCUGACAGUAGUAAAGUUUUUGGACAAUACAAAGACCAAUAAUAAUAAAAAGAGAUUGUCACAGAGCAUUUUUAGGAGUUGAAAGAUGUUUUACCCAAAAUGGGAUUAUCGUGCGUCACUUUUAUGCAUGUACGAGGCGUACCAUAUUAUGCAGUUAUAAAUAGAGGAACCAUUAUCAUCGAAACAGCAUUGUUCAGUAAGCUCUUAAGCAGAACUAUCCAUAAGAGCCCUUUAAAUAGCUAACAGAGGGUGCUCAAUAUAUAUCUUUAAAUAAGUAAUCAUCAAUACCAUAAAAAAGAGUACAUUUACUUAAUCUAUUUCAAUGUAAAAGCUUGG